AUGAGUGAGAUUGAACAGAGGUUACCGCCUGUUACCGGUACUGCAUUAUCACCAUCACCUUCAAAUACCACUUUGAAUUCUGUUCCGUCACCCAUUCCUUCUCCGGUUCCGAAUAAUGUGAAUCAAGGUAGUCCACAAUCUAAUCCUGUUCACCCAAAUGCAAGAUCAACUACUCAUGUUGCCAAUGGGAUCACCACAACCAAAUCAAAUAUUACUUCACCAGUUUGUCGCAAUUGUAAGACUCAAACCACGCCUCUUUGGCGAAGAGAUGAAACUGGCCAAGUCUUGUGUAAUGCUUGUGGAUUGUUUCUAAAGUUACAUGGUAGGCCAAGACCUAUUAGUUUGAAAACUGAUACUAUCAAAUCCAGAAAUAGAAUGAAGAAUCCACAAUCAAAUAAAGGUUCAAAUGCAAAUACUCCAGAAUUGAAAGCUAAAGAUUCUAAAAUUAAUAUAUCUUCAACCAAUGGAGUAAGUAAAAAGAAUUCUCCUAAACUGUCAACCGCCAACACCAAAAAGAAAUCUUCAAAUACUUCAACUCCAACUUCAAAGCCUCUUGAUACUCCAAUGAUGCCUGCUACUUCGUCAACCUCUUCUUCGAAUGGAUUUCUUCAACCUCAGUUACCCAAUUCAGCUCCAUUCUAUACCCCUCAAGUACCUCCUACAGGAGGAGCUCAGUUGCCUACUAUUAACAUUGGGCCUAUAACAAGAGUCCCAUUGCCUCAUCAUCUACCAAACCAUUUGAUCCACCAAGUACAACCUUUACAUUAUCCUCUGUCAACACCUACUCAAUUUGCUCCCGGAUUACAACGGAUCACUUCUCCUUUAUUAUUAUCUACUUCAUCUUCAAUUUCUCAUGCUCGGUCUCUGCUGAGUAGUCAAUUUGAUUCCAAUAAUGAUUUGGGUCCUUCAGCAACGUUUAAACCUUCCUCUUCAGUCAAUUCAACUUCAGAUAACUCCAUAACAGGCAUCUCCCUAAUGAAUCAAUCAAAAAAGACAAUCACAACGUCAGUCACUCCUCCAACACUAUCUACACCAUCUUCUGCACUUGCUCCUCCUCCUCCACCACAGCCAACCACUACGCUUGCUGCUGUUGCUGCUGUUGCAUCAUCUGCAGCAAGCAUUACUCCUGCUGCUUCGUCUGCACCUUCUACCAAUGAGGGCAUGAAACUCGCUGAGAUCUCAUCGAUACCCACCACCAGACAAACCAUCUCAUCACCAUCCUUUGGUCCCCAGUUUCAUUUAUCCGGAACCAAUUCUACCAUCACAAGUCCAAAACAACUGUUCAAUACUGCAACUUUGUUACCUCCUCUACACAAGAUAUCACUGCAGGGCACCGGUGCUAAUAGUAAUAGUUCUUCCUCGGAGAAUGGAGAUCGAAAUCAAUACUCGGCUCAUGAUAAGGGUCUGAAUGGUAAUACCAACAGCAGCAACAACAAUACAAACAAUAAUAACAACAAUAAUAACAACAACAAUAAUAAUAACAAUAAUAACAAUGGUGAUAAUGGCGGUGAUAAUCAUAACACUUCUGCAGCUGCUGAAAUCAGUCUGUUGAAGACUCGGAUCAGUGAGUUGGAGCUUGUGAACGAUUUAUUCCGGACACAAAUCAUGGAACUUGAAGCCAUGGAACAGGCUGCUAGAAUGAGAGAACAAUCUAUGAAGAAACGGCUAGAUGAGAUGAUAGCACUACAACAUCAAUAUGGAGUGUCUACUGGAACAGUACCCCCAAGUACUGUACCUGGAACAGGGCCUACUACUGCUACUACUGCUACUGCUACUACUGCUACUACCACUGGUGCUACCCCUGUGCCAACUGGCUCUACAGCUGCUGCUCCUGGCACUGAUGCUCCAAUCUUACCACCCAUUAACGUUGUUCAAUACUCCACCCCAACAUUGAAACGGGAAUUGGAAGAUGGAACUGGAGGCUCGGCUUUCAAAGUAUCCAGACACAACUAA